AUGACGCGUGUUCUCUGUGUGGCUGAAAAGCCGUCCAUCGCUAAAGCGGUUGCAACGCAUCUGUCGGGCGGACGGUACCAAUCAGCAAGCACUCGGGAUGCCCAUAUCAAGAACUAUUCGUUCGACUUUGACUUUGGCCCCCCAUGGGGCCGAUGCUCGGUUACGAUGACGGCUGUGAAAGGCCAUCUCACUACUCUUGAGUUUCCCUCAGACUACAACAGAUGGGAAUAUCCUCCCCCCGAGCGUCUCUUCGAUGCGCCAGUGUAUACGGUCAUCCCAAAGGAUAACAAAAACAUCGCCAAAAACAUCGAGGAUCUAGCUAGGUCCUCCAAUCUUCUCAUCAUCUGGACCGAUUGUGAUCGCGAAGGAGAGCACAUCGGUAGCGAAAUUCGCGAUGCGGCCAAGAAAGGCAACCGGUACAUCGAGGUCAAGAGAGCUCGGUUUAGCAACGUCGAAAGAGCCCACAUCUUACAAGCUGCCCGGCGACUGGUUUGUCUGGAUGAGAGGCAGGUUGACGCAGUAGCUGCCCGCAUAGAAUUGGACCUAAGAAUCGGAUAUGCCUUCACUCGGUUUUUGACUUUGAACCUCCGUACUUUAGGGGGACCUAUGUCCCAACUCACCAUCAGUUACGGGUCGUGUCAAUUCCCAACCCUGGGUUUUGUUGUCGACCGUUACUUCCGGGUCAAGAACUUCAUACCAGAGCCCUUUUGGAGCAUCAAGGUGAUGCAUGAAAGGGAUGGUAUCAAGGUUAACUUUAAUUGGGCUAGACAUCGGUUAUUCGACCGCAUGACGGUGAUUAUCUUCUAUGAACGAUGUCUAACCGCGAAGUUCGCCAAGGUCAUGAAGGUUAAGGAAAAAGAAACGAAAAAGUGGAAGCCUUUACCACUCACGACAGUUGAGCUGCAAAAAAUGGCUACUAGGUUCCUGGGCAUGACAGGUCAGCAGGCCAUGACGGUAGCAGAAAAGUUAUACAACAAGGGCUUCAUCAGCUACCCUCGUACCGAAACCGACCGCUUUGAUAAGGGAAUGGAUCUCAAAGCGCUUGUCAGAAAGCAGACACAGGACCAGAGAUGGGGACAGUUCGCACAGCAUCUUCUUGAUGGUGGUUUCCAGCAACCCCGUCAAGGCAAGCACGACGACAAGGCCCAUCCGCCCAUUCACCCCAUUACAUAUGCCUCGCCCUCGGUCCUGGAUGAUCAAGAGAAGCGGAUCUACGAGCUCGUUACCCGGCGGUUCCUCGCUUGUUGCUCCGAAGACGCUAAAGGAGCAGCAACUGACAUCGAAAUUCUCUAUGGGGAGGAGACGUUUACCGCCCAUGGCGUCAUUGUGAAGGAACGCAAUUACCUCGAUGUUUACCCUUACGAAAACUGGACUGGCACGGUUCAACUGCCGAAAUUCACUGAAGGGGAACGGUUCGAGCCCACAGAAGCAAUGGUUACGGAAGGAAAGACGAGUCCUCCCAACUACCUUACAGAAGCAGACCUCAUCGCCCUCAUGGACGCCAACGGAAUCGGCACCGACGCAACCAUGGCUGAGCAUAUUGAAAAGAUCCAGGAACGCCAGUAUGCUAGGACCGUGGAACGUGGUAAUCGCGGCGCAACUCAGGCAGAAGAUGAUGAGGACGAUGGGUCUCCCGCGACAAGAGGUGGUCGAGGAGGACAGCGGAGACGAGGUAGUCGUGGGGGCGGCCGGGGUGGGCGUGGGGGAGGUUCCGGCCGGGGUUCACGAGGGGCAAUUCCUGCGAAUCGUGGUGCAGCGGAGGGCAGGACGAGGAAGCUGCAGCAGUUGCAGAGCGUGCAGCGGCAGCAUAUUUCCAACCACUCGUUUGGGACCGUGAUGCAAGAGCCUGCUGCUGUGGACGGAACAAGCUCGGGGUAG